AAAGUGCCGCCCCCAUAUUAACACCUCAUACGAUCUGAAUACAGGAGCAGUUAGUAAAGAAUGCACAAGAAUAACCCCUCCUGUCGACCACCCAAUAAAUCUGAGCCCCCCGGCCUCUUCCCCAGUCAGUCCUUUCCUACCUACCAUGAACACAGCAGUGAUGAGCCCGUGCUCGAGCUUCAGACCAGCGCUGGAGGAGAACAGUGGAGUCCACAGGAGGAAAUACAAGCGCUACGCUAAAGGGACUUAUGUAGGACUGCUGGCCUACAUCCUGCAGGACUCCCCAAACAAGAUGCUCACCUUCAGACAGAUCAUGGAGAGACUGGGAGUGUUUGUUGCUGGGGACAGAAAGGGCCUGGAGAACAACAUCAGAGUCUGCCUGUCCUCCAACAAGUGCUUUGUUAAGGUACCAGUUGAUCCAGAUUAUCCCAAUGCAAGAAGGAACUUCUGGAAAGUGGAGGAGAGUUGCAUAACUCCGAAGAUGCUACGUCGUCACUUUAAAGAUAUGACGGAUAUGUUGCCCAGUCUUGAGCCUCAGUGCCAGGUAAAGUGUGACACUGGAGCUGCACUAGAUCCUCCAUCACCAGCCUCAAUCAGCAAGGAGAACACCCAGCCCGUCAAAUUCAGCAGCUCAUUCUCAAUAGAGUCACUGCUGAAGAAUGACCACAGCGCUCACCUGCGAAUCCCACCUGUUCAGGACCGAGGAGGCCUGAAUGACCUCAGACUGACCCCUGCAGCCGGCAGCAGUGUCUGUUGGGAACGUUCAGUCUACAGCUUCACACAGUCCUAUUACAUGUACAGUUCAGCAGCAGCAGGACUCUCAGGAAUCCCUGCAGUGAGGAAGAGCUUAUCUGCUGCACACGAGCAUGCACUGUACCCAUCCCAGCUCUCAUCAUAUCACAGUCAGACUGUCCAGAGCAGGAUCUCAGCGUCUCCUCCACUGCCACAUGAUCUCAGAUAUCUGAGAUGGUAAAUGAUCCCAAUAUACAACAUGUUGCACUUUGUACAUAGAUUUAGAUUUGUACAUAAAGACGAUGACCCCUCCCAUCAAAAUGAAAGAAUUCCUUGCUAGAAAAAUGUCUCCUGUUCUCUUUAUUUUUUCAUUUUUGGUGGUGGUGGUUUGGCGGUUCACUGUGGUUGGUGUGGUUACCACUAAUGUACAUGUAACCAUAAGGGUUGUGUUCAGUUUCCUAAACAACAUUAAAACUGUAUGUAAUACUGUUUUUAGGCAGAGUAAUAUCUGGUGUAACAAAAUCUGUGCACAUUUCUUCUGUAGUGCCACACUGACUCUAUU